UGUUCAAAGGGUUGGGUUGGUCUACGGCAAAAUCUACCCCUUUAGAAUAAGUAUUUUAUUGUUUGUUUGGGGGUCUGGAGAGACUGGACUUCUCACGGAAAUAGAACAGGAUCGCGCACAUAUUAGGCUAUUCAUUUAGGGGAAUGUUCCUAAAUUUGCUUAAUCCCCCAAACACUUCUGGAUUUUUACCGCGCUUCUAACACGGUCGACUUUGACCGCCUGGGUCUGUCUACGUCGCGUUGCGGGAGAUCUGCGUUACAAAGAGACCUCUCUAUUUUAAAAUGUUUUUUUAUUUUACCUUUAUUUAACUAGGCAAGUCAGUUAAUUUGUUCUUAUCUUUGAAGGGAUUCACUUAUGUCUGGAUAUUAACUUCCCUUGUUAUUUGAGAACUGUCUGUGAGGAAGACAGUGAAUGUUAUUUUGUUGCUGUUUUUAAACAUUUUAUAGCCGAUUUACAGCAGAAGCGUCACCAUGUUGAGUAACGCUGGAGUCUAUGCUGUCAAAAAGCGGAAGAAGCCCGUUCAGAAAACCAAGAAAACCCCUGCUCCAGAAGUGGUCAAGUCGAACCCUUCCAAACGCCACCGGGAUCGGCUGAACGGGGAGCUGGACAGGCUGACGGGCCUCCUACCAUUCCCAGAGGAUGUGUGCUCUCGCCUGGACAAACUCUCCGUGCUCCGCCUCAGCGUUGGGUACCUGAAGGUCAAGAGCUUCUUCAAAGCGACCAUGAAGAAAAACAGUGUCCUGUUUCCCAGUGAGAAUGGGCUGAACAUUAAUGGGAUGGAAGCCACAAACUUCUCCAAGGGGGACCUACUACUCCAGGCUCUGAAUGGCUUUGUGCUGGUGGUCACAGCUGAAGGACAUGUGUUCUAUGCCUCUCCUACUAUCCAAGACUACCUGGGCUUCCAUCAGUCAGAUGUGGUCCACCAGAGUGUGUUUGAGCUGAUCCACACAGACGACAGAGCAAUGUUCAGACGACAGCUUCACUUUGCCCUCAACCCCAAGCCCUUUGACCCAGAGCAGGGAGGAGACGGCAUGGCAAGCAGCAGUGACAUCACCAGGAACAUUGUGACCUAUAACCCUGAGCAGCUCCCCCCAGAGAACUCCUCCUUCCUGGAGAGGAACUUUGUGUGUCGCUUCCGCUGCCUCCUGGACAACUCUUCUGGCUUCCUGGCUCUGAACUUCCAGGGGCGUCUCAAGUUCCUCCAUGCCCAGAGCAUGCUGGGGGAUGACGGGACACGCAGCCAGCCCAACCUGGGCCUCUUCACCAUCGCCACCCCUGUCCAGAACCCGUCCAUUUUGGAGAUCAGAUCUAAGACAAUCUUCUUCCAGACCAAACACAAGCUGGACUUCACCCCCGUGGGUGUUGAUGCCAGGGGGAAGGUUGUCCUGGGCUACUCAGAGAUGGAGUUGUGUAUGAGAGGCUCUGGUUAUCAGUUCAUCCAUGCAGCUGAUAUGAUGUACUGCGCAGACAACCAUGUCAGAAUGAUUAAGACAGGAGAGAGUGGUCUGACCACAUUCAGACUACUUCAGAAGACCGGAUGCUGGGUCUGGGUCCAGGCCAAUGCCAGGCUCGUCUACAAAGGAGGAAGGCCUGACUUCAUCAUCGCACGCCAGAGAGCUUUGCUUAAUUCUGAGGGAGAGGAGCAUUUACGCCAGAGGAAGAUGCAGCUGCCCUUCAGCUUCACCACCGGGGAGGCCCUGCUGUACGAGACCGGCCCCACUCUGGAUGCAACUGAGUUCCAAACCAACUCCCCAAAAAUCCGCAAGGUGGGGUCUCUGGACCCCCAGUCUCUGCUGGGCUCCUUACUGAAGCAAGACGAGUCCGUCUACACCCAGCCCCAGGAGCCUCAGCUACCCAUAGACCAGGCAUUCAUGGACAGCCGAGCGCUCACCAACGUGGCCUGUAACUCCUGGCAGAGUAGCAUGGAGCCCCAGGGGCCCGACGGGGAUGAUGAUGGUGACGGUCCCAGUGUGGUGAUGCAGAAGGGGGCGGUGGUGGACAUGAUAGACGCCCUGGAGAAGAUGGCACGAGAUGGGGACCUGUGUGAGGCGCUGCAGGGGCUGGACGUGGACGCGGCCGAACUGAUGGAGUGGGAGAGUGCCCUCCUCAGGCUGAGCCAGGAAUCCAACGGGACUGGGGGCGGGGAUACCUCCCCGGAGCUGGAUGACAUCAUGACCAACGACAUCUUCUCUUACGUGGAGGAAGCCUUGUUCAAGGAGAGCAGCCAGGAGAGCGGUAACCAGCCCAACUGCUCCAUUAUGGUCAACAACAACCCUAACCUAAACCUGUUCACAGAGGUGUUUAACAACAACAACAACCAGGAUGGACCAUUCACAGGAAUGGUCAGCCCUACAGGUGUCGGACAGUGCAAGCCCGGGUUGCUUGACAGCCGCAGCUUUAUCCAUAAUGGCUCCCCAGUGAACGGUCAAAUUGGUCAGGUAACAGACAAUGGACCAGAUGAUUUGGCAGGACAGAACCAGGCAGGACCACACCAGGUGUUCAACAGCACCCAGAGGCUCUCCCACUUUGGCCCCCAGAUCCCUCAGAUGGACCGGAACAUCCCCACCCUGCAGCAGCUACAGCUCAACCACAUCUUCACCCCCUCUCUGGAGCUCCCCGAGCUCACUAUCCCACACAGCUCAGGCCAGAACGGGGCUGUUACGUUUGGCACCAACAUGGCUGGAUCCUGUGCUCAGGCACCAAACAACCACAUGGGAAGCCCUCAGGGUAUCACUGGCCGAGUCCACUCUAACCAGUCACCUCCACAGUUUUUCACUCAUAAUGGCUUGCCAGCUACAAUGGCACCAAACGGACCACAGCAGAUCUCGGUUCCGCAGUCCAACCAUGUAGCACCUAGUCUGGUGGAUGGCUGGGCAUCCAUGAUUCCCAGUAAUGCCUUUGUUUCACCCCAGAUUGAAUCUAGCAAUCUCAAUCUAUCUAAUCCCCUUCCGACUGCUUGCCUUCAGGGAAACAGUGCACCAUUUCAGUCACUCAAAAUCCAGAGAGUUCGGCAGUGGCCCCAGAACCAGCAGCAGUUGCCACCCCCAGCCAGCACAAUACAGAAUGGAAUAAUGCCGAAUGGACACAAAUUCAUCCCUGACUGUCACAGUCAAGCCACAGAGACCCAACGAGUCCCUCUCACAGGCCUUUGGCCACAGAACCCCAACAGACUGUACCACCAAACCCAGCAGGGGGGAUUGGCCAAUGGCCAGCCUAAUCCAUCCAGUAGCUGCAUGUUUGAGAACAUCUCACCCCCCCUCCCUAAUGGAAACAGCCACGUGGAUGGCAUCAGGCUGGCCCCCACGUUGUCUGUAUGCCAGAGUAGGAUGGUGGACCCCCAGGACCAGAGUCCUCCACAGGGCUCUUGCUACUUCCAGUGGGGCCCCAGUGAGCCGGUGGUGGGCACGUCAGCCGUCAUCCAGGACAACGCCAGCACCAGCCCCCCGUCUCGCCCGCUGGUGGCCAACAUAACCACCCCUGAGGGCCUACUGGCCAUGCAGCAGUACCUGGCUGGAUGCAGCGGAGUCGUACAGACACAGAUUCUAAGCCUCCCUGUUAUAGACAGCAAUGGAAUAUUCUCUUUACCACCCCUUGUAAAUGGAUCCAUGUGCUUUACAGAGCACAACCAAACCAACUAUUGCAACUUCUAAACAUGCGUCACAUUGCCUUACGAGGUAAAAAUGGAGGACAGAGAGAGGAGGAAGCCAUCCAUGAAUCUAUUCAUCCUUCCAUGAAUCUAUUCAUCCUUCCGUGAAUCUAUUCAUCCUUCCAUCUGUACGCGUUCAUAGACAACCCUCUGCCUUAAGAGAUGUCUCAGUGAGGGUGUUGUGAAGACAAGCCAUCCCCUCAUCAUGUGUGGUCAAACACACCAUCCAUCUCCCCAUAUCAGUGUUUGCAGUAAAUACAAGGACUCCUUUAAUUACCCCUUGUCACUUCUGUCAGCAAUGGAACAAAAAGCAGCAACUUCAAAUUGAACUGGUUUUCUUUGUAUUUUUGCAUUGUCUUCUGUUUUGUUUGCUGAUGCCUUGUCUUUGUUUAUAUUACUGUGUAACAACAGUUUCUGUCACAACUUGUUUGUUUAAUUGCCUUCAAUGAUAUGAAUGAAGUAUGAAUCCUCACUAGUGCAUUUGGCUUGCGUUAUAAUGGAGCAUUACUUGGCUUUUUAAGGUCAUGACCAAUUCCCAAAGUGAUAUUCUAAUGAAGCAAGCCAUAUUCAUUUCUUUUUAUACGUUUGUUUCUUGUGCACUUACAUUAUAGUCGGAUGGUGAUAGGACACCAUUCAAGUUUUCACUCAUGGGAAAACAAAACAAAAUACUAAUAUUGUACACAAAAAUAAAGUCAUAACAAACGUUUUUGUAUGGAGUGUAAAUACAGAAAUUGAAUCUAUAUUCUUAUAUAAAGAUAUUAUGUAAAACAAUGUGAGUGCACUUGUGUUUAUGACUGUGAUGAAUAUGACUAUGUUUACAGCGUGUGUGCGUGUGCAAAGGCGUUCGUGUGUGUUUUCUUGUUCUGGAGAGGGAAUGAAGCAGUGUACAAAUGUCCCGUGUAGCUCAGUUGGUAGAGCAUGGCACUUGCAACGCCAGGGUUGUGGGUUUGAUUCCCAAGGGGGACCAGUGUGUAUAAUGUAUGAAAAUGUAUGGACUCAAUACUGUAAGUCGCUCUGGAUAAGAGCGCCUGCUAAAUUACAAAAAUGUAAAUGUACUUAUAGACAUUCUGAGGAAAAGAUUAUGUAUUUCAUCGAAAUGUCUGCAUUGGUUGCAGAGUAGGCAGUAUGACUAACCAUGCAAGGCAUGUGCUUUCAGAUGAUACCCCUUGUAAUGCUAUUGGUAUCCAAAUGUCAUUACAGUUUGACAAUACUCUGAUGCAGUAUGUUGAUAAUGUUAUAUCAAUAGUAGUAAACCCUUUUUUUGUUUUUCUUUGCUUUUGUUUUAUUUUGGUAUUAUCUAAACUUCACUAAGCCAUACGCUAACUUCUUAUGGUCAUAAUACAAACUGUGGAGGAAUGCGGGCCUUAAUGCUGCAUCUAUAGGAGACGCAGGAGACGUAGAAGUCCUAUAAGGACUAGUAUAGUAACCACAGUUACUGCAGACAUGGGACUAGAAGUCGAACUGCCAUGAUGACUCAGCAUAUUCAACAAAUGGAACUCCAUGUCAGUCGAUGAUUGACAGAAACAAGGCAGAUCCUCCCAAUUGAAAUGUCCCCUGACACUGAAGUCUCCCGUCAUCACUCAUCUCUUGUCUCCCUCAGAGGGCUCUGGGACUAAAUCAAUAUGGCCACCCACCUUUCAUAUCCCUUGACCUACUUCCUCAUUCUGCUCAUAUGAAAGUGCAAGACAGAUGAGAGGAAUAUGAAGGAAACUAAACCCGGCCAACUAGAGGGCCUCUCCUGGCAAACUGCUCUCACCAUUUCAGCUCUCUCAGCUCAGUAAGGCAGAGGAAAGUACAUAUAGUAAAGGGAGCUAUUCUAUGUAUUGGGUAUAUUCACAUUUAGCUUUGGCUUUUAAAUUGUAUUCAGUAAUUGUUCUUGUUGCUUUAACCAGCUGAUAUACAAGCCUUCAAAGUGCCUGCCUUGAAAUGUUGAUAAAGUUUCUUGUAUCAAAGCUUAUAUAAAAGAAAGGGAAGGAUAUACUAUACAGUAUACUGUAUAUUAGCCCUGAGCCAUGUAGCUAUUCUUUAAGCGCACUCUUCUACAGUCUUCAACAUCUGGCAGUUGCAGAGUUCAGCAUCAAUAUAUUAUGAAUAUUUACAUUUUUGCAUUUGUUGGUUGUAUGUUCGUUUAUUUGUAUGUUUUGUUAUUAUGUCUAGGGGCCUUACACCAUCUGGUAGACAUGUAUUCUCUAUGUAAGCCUUUAUUUCCACAGAAAUAUAUCAUUUUGUGUAGUUCACUUGUAUUUAGCCAAGUAUAGUGUAUGCAAUGUAUUGAUAAUUACCAACUUACUUGUUUGUUUCUUAAUUGUACAAUUCAUUUUAAUAUAAAAAUAUUCCUAAUAACUUA